UAUCAGAAAAAGGCGAAAUUCAGCCACACCUGGCGACAGAUCCAGGUCACGGAGCACUGGGGACGCUCCAUUGCUCUUUGUAGGUCAUAGACAAGAGUCAAUGGGCCAGUCAUCUAGUCGAGCAGUCACGAGCCAAGAUCGUGCAAUACUAGACAUGAAAGUCCAGCGCGACAAGCUGCGUCAGUACCAACGGCGGAUACAGACCGUGCUGGACCGUGAAUUGGCUAUCGCAAAAACUUGUCUGGCCAAGGGUCAGAAGGAAAAAGCAAUGUUGGCGCUACGGCAGCGAAAGUACCAAGAAGGCCUCCUCGAAAAGACGGAUCAGCAGCUAGCAACGCUUGAACAAUUGACAUCCUCUAUUGAAUUUGCGCUAGUGGAGAAGGAUGUUCUGUAUGGCCUGCAGCAAGGCAAUCAGGUCUUGCGAGCCAUCAACAAAGAAAUGUCGAUCGAGCGAGUUGAAAAGCUGAUGGACGAGACGGCCGAUGCAGUGGCAUAUCAACAAGUGCGUCUUACUCUACAUGGCUUAUGCUAUCGAGACUAAUGGAACAGGAAAUAUCCGAGCUUCUAUCGCAGCGGAUAUCCAAUGCAGAAGAGGAGGAGGUACUAGCAGAGUACGAGCAACUGCAAGCGCAGAUGAACCCACUGCC